AGCAGCCGGGCUCGGUGAGAAUAGUCACACCCAAGACAUCUCUCUCUUACGAGGAUCUUUUCCGGAGGCAGAGCUUUGUUAUGGCCGCCUGAGGCCCUGAACUCUGCUGCUUCUUCUUCGUCUCCUCCUCUGUCCCGCUGGAUAUCUUGAAAUAUCGGUCAUACAAAGGACGGGGGUUUUGAGGAUGGCUAAUAACGAAGAGAGAGGUAGCCCACGUUGGAGUGCUUCAUUCUUCAUGCAGACAACGGAAGACGUUGCGAGAGCUGUUGCUGCAGCAGCUGCUGCUGCCACUGCUAAUCGUUCCCAACGUCCAUCUGCGGUAAAUUCAUCUAAAGAGGAUAACGGCGGUAGCCCAAUUCAAAAAAUGCAGCGUCAAGUUACUAGAGUGCUAAAAGGAUUCUCGCAACCUCCCGAAGUCAAAAGUGCAAGUUACAAUCCAGAAAUUCUGACUAGCCAAAAGCGUCAAUGGGCAAGCUUUCAGUCACAAUACUUGGGUCAUAAGUCUUUAAUGGAACCAACAAGGCUUUUUGAGAGCAUGGCAGUUGUAGGACUUCAUCCUAACUGUGAUAUCCAAGCACUUUAUAGGCAAUACAUUGCCAGGAAGCAUAAAGGUUCUGGAAGAUUGCGAAGUGCACUAAGUUGUCAGAAUCAAUCGCGUGUGGAACCUAAUCUUGAACCUCAGGUGUUGUUUGCCUACCCUCCAGAAAAGGAGCUGCCUCUCAAAUACAAAGAUCUUCUUUCAUUUUGCUUCCCUGGAGGCAUGGAGGUUCAUGCCAUUGAGAGAACUCCUUCCAUGAGUGAGUUGAAUGAAAUUUUGGUUGGGCAGGAACACCUUAAACAAACUGAUCUCUCCUUUGUAUUCCGGUUACAGGUUGCUGAUGAUUCAGCAAUGUACGGAUGCUGUGUGCUGGUUGAAGAACUAGUCCAAAAACCCUCUGGAUUACUUUCCAUGAUUUCAGAUAAACAACCUUCUGGUCCUUCUUUGAGCCGUCAUAUUUUGACCACACGGAGAUGUUAUUGCAUUCUCUCGAGGUUUCCCUUUUUCCAAUUGCAUUUUGGUGUAUUGAAUAGCAUAUUGACAGAAGAAAGGUUAGAACGGUUAACACAAGGUAUUCUUCUAAAUUUGGAGUCCCCUGAGGAUUGUUGGAAGACAGAAAGACUGGAAGAAAAUGUAGGUACAGAUUCAGAUGGUGUAUCACUGACUCAUAGAGCUGAAGAGAACCCGAUGGACAGAACGCCUGAAAGUUCCAAAUUAAGUAUAGGAGAGUGUAAAAGUGAAGAAGUUACAGCUAAUGGCAGUUAUGAAGAGCAUCAAAUGCUCGAUGGGGAUCUUUGCCUGUUAAAGAAAGGUAUCAAUGAUAACGUCUUCAAUUCUCUGGAUCCUGAUUCUGAGACGGUGACAGCCAAAAGAGAAUCUAGUGAUACAAAUUGUGAAGAUUGUGAUAUGAAUGCUAAUGAUUGCUUGGGAAACAAGGAAGUAGUAGAAAGGCGUCCACCAAAUGCUGUUCUGCCACUCUUGCGGUAUUGUCAGUAUGAAAGCUCUGAAUCUUCCUCCAGUUUUCAGGGUUCUCCUAGUGAAGAGAGAAAUUUUAGAAGUGAUGCUGAUGAUACGGAGACAGAAGAGGUGUCAUUCUCUGGCCAGGAAGCUCCCAGUGACCUCAUUGAUAUUCUUGAAUGGGCUAAGGUUCAAUCGAGCAAACAACAAUGGUCAUUACAGAUUAUUUGUGAAUAUUCGGUACAAUGCCCUGGCAAGGGUUCAACACUUAUUCAUCCGUUGGAGCACCUGCACCCUCUGGAGUUUUAUAGACCAGAUGAAAUAGUUUUACAUUUGCCUGGCUCAACUAUUGAUUUGAGAUCACGCAGCAUGAGUCAUGGGUUUGCUGAGGCACACAGUGCACUCUUGGCAGAGGAAGCAACUGCAUUAUCCGUAUGGGCUGUUGCAUGCAUAUGUGGCUCCUUACGCCUUGAGAAUGUAUUAACAUUUUUUGCGGGGGCCCUACUGGAGAGGCAGAUUGUGGUGGUUUGUUCCAAUCUGGGAAUCCUAUCUGCUUCUGUCUUGUCCAUUAUCCCUCUCAUCCGUCCCUACCAGUGGCAAAGCCUGCUAAUGCCGGUUUUACCAAAUGACAUGCUGGACUUUUUGGAUGCACCUGUCCCUUACAUUGUUGGUGUGAAGAACAAAACCAAUGAAGUACAGUCGAAGUUGACUAAUGCCAUUCUGGUUGAUGUUAACAAGAACCAGGUGAAGUCAUCGUCAAUACCUCAACUGCCCCAACAAAAGGAGUUACUUUCCUCCUUAAGUCCUUAUCAUGCAAAGCUUGUUGGAGAAAGUUAUUUGGGGAAGAAACGGCCAGUGUAUGAAUGUACAGACGUGCAGGUUGAAGCAGCCAAGGGUUUCCUAGUGGUGCUAAGGUCUUACUUGGACUGUCUUUGCUCAAAGCUCCGUUCACACACAAUUACAAAUGUACAGUCAAAUGAUGAUAAGGUAUCAUUGCUUUUGAAGGAGAGUUUCAUUGAUUCAUUCUCUAGCCGCGAUCGACCAUUUAUGAAGCAUUUUGUGGACACGCAACUCUUCUCUGUACAUACAGAUCUUGUUCUCUCGUUAUUCCAGAAAGAAUAGUGCUUCCAUGCAAGAUUGACCUGAAGUUUGUAUGGUAUCAUUCUACAUUGAACGCAAGUUCAAUUUGUGUAAUUAUUCAAUCAUAAAAUUACGUAAAUUUCCAAAUAUCGUAUGAGUAAAUUUUUCCUGGUUUUGAAUGCGGCUGUAAUUUGUUCUUCAUAUUUCAUCUCCAUCCCUCUCUCCUUCAAUGUAUACUGAAUAUGUAAAGUCCUGAUUCGGGAUUAUUAUGCCACGAUAGCUCAGCCUUUGAAGACAGAAGUUAGAACUGCGGGUAUAGGAAGAAGGGUGUUCUGCAUCCCAUCUGAAUUGUCAAUACCACCAUUACAUUUUAUCUA